CCCCCUCUCAGUCUCUUGAUAUGGUUGCCAGGCUGGUAGCAACCCUUCUUGUUGGGGUCCUCGCCGGAGCCCUCCCGUCAGCGGUGCUGUCUCAGGACUGCGGUUGCGGGGCGGGUGUGUGUUGCAGUAGAUUUGGGUACUGUGGGACGGGCAAGGAGUACUGUGGCACCGGGUGCCAGGCGGGGCCUUGCGAUUCGUCUUCGUCCUCAUCUGGUGGGGGUGUUUCUGUGUCUGAUAUUGUGACCAAGGAUUUCUUCAAUGGAAUUCUUGAUCAAGCUAGUGAGACAUGCCCCGGGAGGAGCUUCUACACGCGCAGCGCCUUCCUAGAUGCCGUAGAUUCGUACCCGGAGUUCGGCCAGGGCGGUUCUGCGGUCGACUCUAAGCGGGAGAUCGCUGCUUUCUUCGCUCACAUCACCCACGAGACUGGACACUUUUGUGAUAUUGAGGAGAUAUAUGGUGCUUCUGCGGACUAUUGUGAUGAGAGCAACACAAAGUACCCUUGUGUGUCUGGGAAACGUUACUAUGGGCGUGGACCAAUUCAAAUAUCAUGGAACUACAACUAUGGGCCAGCUGGAGAAAGCAUAGGAUUUGAUGGUUUGAACAAUCCUGAAAUCGUGGCUAAUGACUCAGUUGUUUCAUUUAAAACAGCCUUAUGGUUUUGGAUGAAUAAUGUGCACUCUGUUGUAGACCAAGGGUUUGGAGCGACGAUCAAGGCCAUCAAUGUUAUUGAAUGUUCUGGAGGAAGAAAUGAUGCAGCCAAAGCACGGGUGAGCUACUAUCAAGAGUAUUGUAACCAGCUUGGUGUUUCAACUAGUGACAAUAGCUACAACAAAGUUCACAUUUUUUAGUUGUAACACCUUAGUUCAAAGCUUACGUAAUUUCCUAAUUUAAUCUAAAGACAUAAAACGUUGGGCAAUUUGAAUAUAGUAGAGUUUUAAAAUUGGUUUGGGCACGAGAGAGAGAGAUUAUGUAAGUAGAUUGAAUGAAUUUUAAAAGGUUGGAAAUCAUGUCUUGUCAUUAGAAAGCAUUGAAUAAAAGUGUUUUUUUCUUUUCUUUUC